AUGGGUAUUGGGGUAGUCCAUGUACUACUUGUGGAUCUCAAUGUAGAGUAUGCAGUCAGUCAAACGGAUGAUUGGAGUGUAAUGCUGGAUACAAAUGUGACAAAUACCAUUGUCAUGGCUGCAAAGAAUGUCAAAAAGGGUAUUUCAAGCAUGACAGCUAUUGUCAUGAAUGUAAAUACAAACAAGAAGGAUGCCCAUGCACUAGCUAUGAAGAAUGCAACGGAUGCUUUAGACACCAUUAAUUGCAAGAUUUGCAAUGAGGGAUAUUAUCCAAACAGUAGUGGAGAGUGUGAGCUUUGCAAUUCACAAUGCGUCAAUAAUGAAUGCGAUUCAUCUUCGGGAGAAUGUAAUCAAGGAUGCACAAAUGGAUACUGGAAUAAAGCCUGUGACAAAGCGUGUGAUCCAGAAUGUGUAUCUUGCAGUCAACCAGAUGGAGCGUGUACACAUUGCAAGAAUAAUACCAAAUAUGGACCUAUCUGUAGCAUGGAAUGCAGCACUAACUGUAAAAAUUCAAUGUGUGUCAUUAAUGGAGAUUGCACAAAUGGAUGCAUUAUAAACAAGUUUGGAAAACAAUGUGAACAAACUUGUGAGAAUUAUUGUACGCAAAAGGAAAACAGAACAGUUUGUUCUGAAAAGACAGGAAUAUGCUUGUAUGGCUGCGAAAAGGGUGACAAGGGAUCAUUUUGUCCUUCGGCACAAGCAGAACAACAGAUGUCAACUGCAUCACUUGGUGGGGGAGUUGGAGGUGGAGUUGUUGCUCUUGCUGCCAUUGUGGUCGUUGGAUUGAUUUUGCUUCGAAGCAGAAGAGGCAAUUUGAGCAACAGAAGUGAGCGGCCUGAAAAAGAGCAUGAUAACUCUUCCGCGUUAUACGCAACGGUGAACAAAGGAAGAGCACAAUAUGCCAAUGAAGAUACCGUAAAUCUCCACUCUGUCACCAAUAUUGAAAACACCAAUUACCAGAGUCCACCACCGAAGAGUUCUGACAAGGAUAAUACGCGUAUUUUUACUGAAGACAAUCUUGAAAUCGAGGCAGAUGAUGUUUCUGCACGGGAAAUCACAAACAUGUUUGAGAAUAAUGAAGGUGUUCAUUACAACAAUACAAGAGCAAUCAGCAAAUUCAAACUGACUGUGGUCGAACUACCUGAUUAUGUACAAAACAUAUGUAUAAAGGAUCUUGAAGAAGAAUUUCAGAAAGUACCGUACGGUCUCGUGAAACCGUAUGAAGUUUCACAAACGAAGCUAAACAUGCACAGAAACAGAUACAAAGGAAUAUAUCCGUAUGAUGAUACGCGUGUUUUAGUACGCGGAGGAGACACAGACUAUAUCAAUGCAAGCUAUAUAGACGGUUUCAGGAAACGAAAUGCAUACAUAGCUAGUUUGGGUCCAAUGGCUAAACAGCUGGGCGAUUUCGGUCAAUUCUGGCGAAUGAUCUGGCAACAGAAAGUGGAGAAGAUUGUCAUGUUGACCAACUUGGUUGAGAGUUUGAAAACCAAAUGUGAGCAAUAUUGGCCUGAUCAUGGUCAGAGAAAACUAUAUGGCGAUAUAGAAGUUGUGUGCAAGGUUAACAAAAUGUACGCAGAUCUCAAUUGGAGACAGCUAACGAUUUCCAAGCGCAUCUUCGAAUUCGCACGACUGACUCAUUUUACGACACGCCUUUCUUCAGCUAUCAAACAGCUAUCAGAACUGAGUACUCCAAGUUUUCCAGUACUAUUCUCAAAGAACAAGCGACAGCUAAAGGACAUAGACCUUGUUUAG